AUGUCAAGAGAGUUACUGCAAGGUACCGUAUACAAGCACGAAGAUGGAACUUUCACGGUCAGUUCCGGCAUCAUCGACAAACAAGGGGCCGCGUACGGCUCCUACAACAACACCCUCUUCCAGACCGGAUGGGGAGAGCUGCACCUGUUCGCCGGGUACUCAACGGGGAACAACGGCGCCCUCUCUGACGUUGACAGAAUGUACGCAGCAGGCAUCUUGGAAGGAGCUUUGACGGCCAAGCAGAUUUCCCAGACCUUGCAGAACAUCAAUGUAACCUUCUUCAGUGCCGAAGGCGACCCAGAGAUCUGGAGGAGGGUCGCAGACUUCUUCGAGACCCAAGACGCCUGGAUGAAGGGGAUGAUUAUAGAGAGGGCCGACGAGGACCCCUUCUGGGAGGGCGUGGGCCUGGUUCUCGCCCAGUUUGAGGGCCUGAUAAAGGGGUAUGAGAUGAGCCAAUUCUCCAACGCGUCUACGUCCAAUGGUUUCUUGGCCAUGCAAGUCUUGAAUUCCUGUGGGGAUCUCCUGGACCUCAAGAGUGCCGUCAUGCCAUCCCUGAUCCCCGACUGGGACAAGCUCACCAAGAAAGAGUUUCUCAAGUUCAUUCGCACCUCGGGACAUUGUUCAGCACUUGUCAAGGUACUGCCAGCCUUUGAAGACGUCUUCAUGUCUCACUCGAGCUGGUUUACCUACAGCGCUACCCUCAGGAUCUACAAGCAUUAUCAUUUCAAGCUUGACUUUGAAGGAAAUGCUGCCGAAGUGACUUCGUUCUCCAGCUACCCAGGGUUCCUGGAAUCUCUGGAUGACUUCUACAUCAUGAGCAGCGGCCUCUCCAUGCUGCAGACCACCAACAACAUCUUCAACAAGACACUCUACAAGUACGUCAAGCCCCAAUCCCUGUUGGCAUGGCAACGGGUCCGUGUUGCCAACAUGAUGGCCAGAAGCGGCAAGGAUUGGGCUCGCAUCGUAGCCAGAUACAACUCAGGAACCUACAACAAUCAGUACAUGGUCAUCGACAGAACCAAGAUCAAACCCAAUGUGGCCAUCUUGGAUGAUGCAUUGUGGGUGGUUGAACAGGUGCCGACGCUUGUAGCUUCAGGAGACCAAACCAACAUUUUGAGAGCAGGUUACUGGCCCUCCUACAACGUACCGUUCUAUGAAGAGAUAUACAACAUCAGCGGUUACCCGGAGUACGCCUAUAAGGGUGGAGCAGAUAUUUCAUAUCAGCUUGCUCCUAGGGCAAAGAUAUUCAGGCGAGACCAAGGAAAUGUGGUCGAUAUGGAGUCCUUCAAGAAGAUCAUGAGGUUCAAUGAUUACAAGAAUGAUCCCUACUCGGAGGGAGAUCCGUCCAAAUCCAUCUGCAUGCGUGGUGACCUCAUGACCUCUCCUAUGCCAAAUGGUUGCUAUGACACCAAGGUGACCAACCUAGCAAUGGCGGCCAAGCAGACGAGUUACGUCAUCAAUGGGCCGACCCGAGGAGAUGGAAGCCUUCCCCCGUUCAAGUGGGUCGCCCCCUUCACAGGCUGGUCUCACGUUGGACUUCCUCCGGUGUAUGACUUUAACUUUGUGGAAAUGUGUCCAAAGGAACUGUAGGGAUGUUUCAGAAAAAGGGAUAAAUUUACCGGUUGAAUUGGGAGGGAGGUAGGGGGAGGAGGGUGUCUGCUUUCCAUUCUCUGCAUUAUGUGAUAUCAGUACUCGGUAAUCACUUUGUCAAAGCAAAUUUCAAAUGGGUCACCCCUGUUAACACACUGGUCUCAAGUUGGACUUCCUGCACUGUAUGACUUUAACUUUGUGGAAAUGUGUCCAAAGGAGCUGUACGAUUGCUUGAUAAAAGGGAUGACAUUUUUUUCCCAGACAUAAUUGUUUUGGAUUCUCAGUACUACAUGUACUACCUUUUCAGGAAGGGGGUGCAAGAACUUGGAGGGGG